AUGGAGAGCAGCACUCUCGUUCUGCUGUUCGCACUGCUCUGUACCGGAGCCAUUGCCAUUUCGCAUUGGAUUGGCUCUAAAGACCCCAGAGAGCCUCCUCUUGUUCACCCGAAGAUUCCGGUGAUUGGGCAUAUCAUCGGCUUCAUCCGCUAUGGCCAGCCCUACCUGAACAUGUUGAGCGCCGCGCGUCCAGAUGUUCCCAUCUUCACCGUUAACUUGCUUGUUGCUAAAUUCUACGUGGUUGCCUCCCCCACUUUAAUCAGCGGCGUCCAGCGCAACCAUCGUUCGCUGUCCUUCGAGUACUUCAUCAAUCUCUCCGCCAGCGGAAUGCUCGGUAUCAAAGGACCGGGAAUGAACCUGCUGCGAGAAGAGCAAAAAGGCGGCGGUGGGCUGGGGAUGAAAGUCACUCACGCCAUGAACCCUGCUCUCCUCGGCGCUGGCUUGGAUGACAUGAAUGCAAAGAUGAUCACUUUCCUCAAGGCCUCGGUGGAUGAGCUCGCUUCUGCACGGGGUUCGUUCGACCUCUUCUCAUGGACGAGGCAUGUCAUCACUGUCGCCGCCACAGAAUCGGCAUGGGGUAAGAAGAAUCCAUACAGAUCGCGUGAGCUUGAAGAUGCGUUUUGGACCAUGGAGACGAACCUUGACAAGCUUCUGUUUGGCAUAAUGCCAAAACUAACUGCCAAACAAGUGUGGAACGCAAGAGAAUCACUCGUAGAGGCUUUCGUCAAGUACUACAACGAAGACGGUCUGGAGGAUGGAUCCGAAAUGGCCAAAGCGCGGUGGAGAGAGCAGCAAAAGGCCGGAGCAAAUCUGCAGGACACCGCCAGGCUGGAGGCGGGCUUGGCGCUGGGCCUGCUUUCCAACACCGUUCCCGCGACCUUCUGGACGCUAUUUGAGAUCUGCUCGCGCCCUGAACUUCUCGCUCAGAUCCGCUCGGAGGUUCGCGAGAAAGCCCUACAUGUGGAUGGCAACGGCGUCCACACCAUCGACCUUUGCGAUAUCCGGGACAAUUGCGAACUGCUGAUUUCGACGUUCCAAGAAACGCUGCGGAUCCGGUCCAAGGCCAUGCCGUUGCGCAUGGUUUACAACGAUGUCCAUCUCAAUGAUCAGUACCUGCUCAAGGCGGGUUCCAUUGUUCAGAUGCCGAGCCCUGUGUUCCACCGAAAUGAGUCGAUCUGGGGCCACAAAUCUGAGGAGUUCGAACCGAGGCGUUUCAUCAAAGGUGGUGAGCAGAAGGAGUCGAGAAGGAUGACGGGCUUUCUGGCAUUCGGAAUUUCGCCGACCCUUUGUCCAGGCAGGCAUUUUGCGACGGGUGAAGUCUUGUCUCUUGCAGCCAUGCUCUUGCUUCGGUACGACGUCUUGCCGGAAGGCGGAAGUUGGAAAUGCCCCAAGUUUGACGCAAAAUCGGCUGCUGCCUCUUUCUACACGCCAACUGAAGAUGUGCCGGUGAAGUUCAAGCCGAGGGCUGAAUAUGAAGGGACUACCUGGACAUACCGCGUGACACCUGGGAAGGGGCGCUUUGGGCUUAUCACUGGUUAA